AUGUGUAUUUUUGCUUCUCAUUUACAGCAUGGGAAUUUUGAAUUGGAUCAGUCAGCUAUCAAAAAGCAGUUGAUGGAUUUACGUGAUCUUUUAAUGGUUGUCAAUCCGAAAUUAGCUAAUUAUUUGGAAAGUCAUAACUCGGAUGAUAUGUACUUCUGCUUCCGUUGGGUAUUGGUCGCUUUCAAACGCGAGUUUUGUUUCGAAGAUACAAUGCGUCUAUGGGAGGUGUUAUGGACUGAUUUGCCGUGCUCGAAUUUUCACCUUCUAAUAUGUGUUGCAAUACUGGACAGGCAAAUGAACUUCAUUAUCGAGAACAAAUUUGGCCUAACAGAAAUUCUUAAGCACGUCAACGAUCUGUCGAUGAAUAUAGAUCUAAAUGAUACGCUGACGUCUGCAGAAGCGAUAUUUCAUCAACUUGCAGCCAGUCAGAAUAAACUACCACGGCACGUUUGUAAGAUAUUGUCUCUGGGCGAUGCUUCUGCUUCGAUCGAUGACUGA